CAUCUGCCCAGUCCUGCUCCAGCUUCAGGAGGAGUUGGAGCAGCCUGGCCCCAACCUUGUGCCUUCAUCAAGUGAGCUGGUCUCCACUCCUGUCCAUGCCUGCUGCCAUGGGAAUGACCCUGUUUUUCCUCCUCUUUGGGGGCAUCUGGACUCAAGAGAUGACUCCGGGGUCUCUGCACAUCACAACCACUUUGGAGAUGUCUGUACCGGGAGGGUCCUCUGCUUCCUUGGUCUCAACUUUCUCUGAGUCCCCAAACCUCAACUUAGUGACCCCCAAUCCUAUGACAACAAGGGUCCCAGAGAAGGGUAACAGCACCAGGCACCAGAUCUCCCCACCUUCCUCAGACCUCUAUACAGCCAAUGAAAUGUCCUUUCCUGAGGCUUCCACAGCUGCCACCAGUGACCUCCAUGUACCUGAGUCAACAGUCUUCUGGGAAGUUUCCACCAAGGAGUCAUCAAACCUGGAAAUUAAUGCAAACAGUAACCCUGCUGAACCACCAAGAAACUCUCUGGCACUCCACGUUAUGACUGAUGGAACCAUGGCAACUGGCUCUCUGGAGACCUCUGAUGUAGCCGGUGGACCCCCCGUCACCAUGGCAACUGACUCUCUGGAGACCUCUGAUGUAGACAGUGGACCCCUAGUCACCAUGGCAACUGACUCUCUGGAGACCUCUGAUGUAGACGGUGGACUCCCCGUCACCAUGGCAACUGGCUCUCUGGAGACCUCUGAUGUAGACGGUGGACCCCCUGUCACCAUGGCAACUGGCUCUCUGGAGACCUCUGAUGUAGACGGUGGACCCCCUAUCACCAUGACAACUGGCUCUCUGCCAAUCCCCAAGGGGACCAGUGACUCCCCCAUCUCCAUGGUAAAAAUACCCACCGUGACUACCUCAGCGUCCUCCAAAAACAGAAGCAGUACCCAACUUUCAGAUCAGGGGACAAAGGGCACCCUGCUGGUGGCUGUGUUUGUGGCCCUGCUGGUGGUCAUUGUCCUCGUGGUCCUACUCCUGCUGUGGCGGCAGAGGCAAAAGAGGAGGACAGGGGCCCUGACACUAAGCAGGGGGGGCAAGCGCAACGGGGUGGUCGAUGCCUGGGCUGGGCCGGCCCAGGUGCCUGAUGAGGAGGCCCUGACAGGAAUCGCAGUGGGCUCUGGGGCCGAGAAAGGCUCUGGGGGGCCUGAGGGGGAAGGGGCUGGCCGACAGCCCACACUCACCACCUUCUUGGAUAGAGGCAAGUCCCAACAGUGCUCCUUGGGGCUGGAGGAGCUGAAGGCCGGGUCAGCUCCCCUCCUAAAGGGGGAGGCGGAGCCGCUGGUGGGCAGCAAGGAUGAGGCUUCGGAGCAGCCAGAAGCUGGGGAGGUGGAGGCCCCUCAGUGCUUGUGAAGAACGAGAGUGGAGGUCAGAAUCCUUCCCAGCUUCCAUCACUUUCCGUCCGAUCGUCAGCUCCAGGCUCCUUGUCUCCCAGCAUGUUCAUCCUGAACCCUCAUCCAGCUUCUCAACCCCGGGGUCUUCCCACCAGCGCCCACCCCCGGUGCCCAGAGGGCCUACCCCCACGGGACGCUUUCAGACUGAAUCAAUAACCCUUCCUCAUCAAUUCUGACUUCUCCCCACCGCCUUCUCCAUGUUUUUGCCCUCAAGACCGGUUACUGAGUCUCCACAAUGCCUACGAUUUCUCAGAGGACUCCCCAGGAACACCAGAGUCUAGGAAGGAGGAUGGAAGCAAACUCCCACCUUGGAUCACUCUGGAAAGUAUUUUGGCCCCAUAGAUUAGGACAGUCCUACUGGGUCAGCUCAGGACCUUCCUUUAACUCCGCGCGGUGCCCUGCGGGGGGCCACCUGGAGUCACCCAGCUGUGCUCCUGGGUGUGCCGCUGACAGCACCUGGACUCUAGGCCGGCCCCUGGCCCGCACCCCCACCCUCCCCCCACCUGUGCACCGAGGUGUCCAGAGGCAGCAGCUACUUCUUCCAGGGGCAGAGGCGAGAAGAGUUUCCGGGCAGGUGUGGUUCUCAGAAACCCCAGCACCUGCGCGGGUCCGGGCGUGGGCGCCGUUGGCGGGCACGAGGCAAGGCCUUGGCUCUGAGUGUGAAGUUGUGGUGGUGAGUACAGCUGGUGCGAGGAGGGGGCAGGAGGGGCGGCAGCGGAGUGGGCCCCCUGAGGGACCGCUGAGAACAUUCGGGCCCUCGUCUUUGCUCAGGUGGGGCGGAGGUAGCAGAUUUACAUCUGUCUGUAGCCCAAUAAAGAAUGUGGGGCCUGAUAGAAA